GCGGAACCCCUCGCGCAGGGCCGCGGGGGUGGCGAGGCCGGGCAGGCUGGCGGUGUUAGGGCGGGUAAUGGCGGCGCUCCCGCAUCCCCCGCACGCCGCCAUGGCGGCGGCGCCCCUCGCGUCCCCGGGCCCCGCUAACGCGCGGCCCUUCCCCUUCUAGGUGCUGCUGCUGCGAGACGGCGGGGCGAGCAUGGGACCGGCAGACCUGGUGCAGAAGAUCAGUAUCAGCGCCGAGAGCCCCCGCGGGAGCGAGAGGAACGGCAGCGGCUCGGCGCUGGCGGGCGUUGACGGGGCCGCCCCCGGCAGCUGGAGACACAAGUGUGCGGCCUAUGUGCUGGCGCUCCGGCCCUGGAGCUUCAGUGCCUCGCUGACCCCUGUGGCGCUGGGCAGCGCGCUGGCGUACCGGGCCGAGGGAGCACUCGACCCGGGGCUGCUGGUGGGAAGCGCCGUGACCGUCCUGGCUGUGCAUGGGGCCGGCAACUUGGUGAAUACCUACUAUGACUUUUCCAAAGGCAUCGAUCACAAGAAGAGUGAUGACAGGACGUUGGUGGACCAGAUUUUGGAGCCGAAGGAUGUAGUCCGGUUUGGAGUUUUUCUCUACACUGUGGGCUGUAUCUGUGCUGCUGGGCUCUAUGCUGUCUCCACGCUCAAGCUGGAGCACCUGGCCCUGAUUUACUUUGGAGGACUUUCCAGCUCCUUCCUUUAUACCGGAGGAAUUGGAUUUAAAUAUGUUGCACUUGGCGACGUGGUGAUCCUGAUCACCUUUGGGCCCCUGGCUGUCAUGUUUGCCCAUGCAGUGCAGGUUGGUUACCUGUCUGUCUCACCCCUGCUCUACGCCGUCCCUCUGGCCCUCAGCACCGAGGCCAUCCUGCACAGCAACAACACACGGGACAUGGAGUCAGACCGGCAGGCAGGAAUUGUCACCUUGGCCAUCCUCAUUGGCCCCACCUUCUCCUAUAUUCUCUACACCGUGCUGCUCUUCUUGCCCUACCUGAUUUUCUGUGUGCUGGCCACACGCUAUACCAUCAGCAUGGCAUUGCCACUGCUCACCAUCCCGAUGGCAUUUUCACUGGAAAGACAGUUCCGGAGUCAGAGCUUCAGCAAAAUUCCUCAGCGGACAGCCAAACUCAAUCUACUGCUGGGGCUUUUCUAUGUUUUUGGCAUUACGUUGGCACCAGCUGGUACUCUGCCCAAACUGUGAAAAGAGCUGUAGGGUCAGGCCUCAUAAUUCACUGUUUGUGUCAAUUAGCAGUGGAUGUUAUGAGUGAAUGACCCAUGAUGGACGGUGAGAAGAAUGGAAAGACCACCAGACCACCUUGCACUGUUGAUAGUGGAUGUUAUGAUUUCUGGUCGUGGAUAGUUUGUACAACAAACUUCAAAAAAGUGAUUUUUCAGUUCUUCAGAAAGGGAGAACUGCGUGGCUUUGCUUUGAGGAACAAGGUGACAUGAAGUCAAGGAAGUGUUUAAAAAACCUCAUCCUUCUGCCACCUAAUUUUUUCACUGUCAGUUCAAUGAAAAAUAGGGCCUCAAAUCACACUCUCAGUUCACAAGCACAAUGAUUUCUCUUAUCACUUCUUUUCUUAUAGUGAUGAAGGAGUCCAGUGGCUCCCAUAUGGGAAUCAGAAAACACUGCCAAAUGUUUAGCAUCACAACACAGGUGCCAUUAAUUUGCUCUCUUCUAUUUCAUUUGUUGUAUGUCUUAUUUUUUGUUUUGUUUUUGCUAGCCAAGUUUUGAGCUUUUAUUUCCAAGCCCCCUGAAAUGCACUAGAUACUGAUUCAUGAACUAUUGCUUCUGCUUGUCCCACAUAGUUUAGAAAUUUUAAAGUUGCAAAUCUCUAUGGAUUGUGGUCCUAAAAUGGAGCACAAAUACCCCACUGCACAAACUUUAAGCCAAAACCAGUAAAUUUGAUUCUGCUACAAAAGCUGAAGCUGUAAAUGCAAACCAUGCAACUGGAAAGGCCUCAAUGGGUAAAAAACUAAAUGGUUUCCAUUUUUGUUUUUGAUUAGAAUUUCUUCUCUGAAAUAACAGUUUUUGAGUUAACGAGGAGCUGACAGAGUUCCAGAUUCCUCUGAAUAGCUAUGGAUUAAUGGAUGCGUAGGUGGAAAACAAACUGUUGAUUUUAAAAAGCAUUAAAUUUUUCUCUCUUUAUUUAAAAUAUUAUUCCCAGUAUUAUUGUGAAAUGUCUUAUUAUAAGAAGCCCAGUUCAGCAAAGAAGAAACAUACAGUUUUAGGAAAAAACAAAUCUGGAUUAUUGCAUUGGCUCUGCCUAAAAAUUAAGACUGGGAAUGGGAAGAUACCAAUUUUUUUUAACAAGAUUUUUCCUAAUGGAGUCCAGAAUUUGUGUCACUGAAUCACAAUUAAGUGAUCUCUGAAGGGAAGUUCCCCACCUCUUUUUCCUCCUCUAUACCUUGGUGUUGCUUUGUUUUCUCCUGCAGAUCUUGCCACUUGCUGUUCAUGUGGCCCUUUGGAGAGUUGAUUGUUUCAGCAGUAAUGUAGUCACAUGAAAACCAUGCCAAACAUACUGGGGAAAAUAUGUGCCUUCCAGUGCAAAGAUGGGUUUGAUCCAUAACAUAUUACUUAGUGGCAACUGAAUUCUCCUCUGAGUUAUAUAGUACCUGUACACAGGUUUUUGUGAAAAGCUUGUUUGCAGGAGCUGUGGAAAGCUCAGAGGAAUUGACACAGGUGUUGAACCGGAGCUCCUGGUGCCAGGUCACAGCCUUGCUUUUGAACGUGUUUGUGUGUGAACCACUGUAUGAAGGGCUUUGACACAUGAGCAAUAAACUAGCAAUAAACUCA